ACUAAUCCUCCCACACUUAGCAACGAAAUCUCUAUCCUCUCUUUCAACUACUCCCUCCUCCUGUAGUUCUAAGCUAUAGAGAGACCCCGAGACUGACUAACAUGGCGAGAAUUUCGGCUCUAUUGGUCCUGCUCUCCGUGCUCGGUUCAUGCCUUCUCGGCGCUUAUGGUGACAAUGGAGGGUGGCAGAGCGGUCACGCCACAUUUUACGGUGGCGGAGAUGCAUCCGGCACAAUGGGAGGAGCAUGUGGAUACGGUAACCUGUACAGCCAGGGAUACGGGACCAACACUGCGGCCCUGAGCACUGCCCUGUUCAACAACGGCCUGAGCUGCGGGGCCUGCUAUGAGAUGAGGUGCGGCGACGACCCGAAGUGGUGCCUGCCGGGGACCCUCACCGUCACUGCCACCAAUUUCUGCCCUCCGAACAACGCCUUGGCCAAUGACAAUGGCGGCUGGUGCAACCCUCCCCUCCAGCACUUCGACCUCGCCGAGCCUGCCUUCUUGCAGAUUGCCCAGUACAGAGCCGGAAUCGUCCCCGUCUCUUUCAGAAGGGUGCCCUGUGUGAAGAAAGGAGGGCUAAGGUUCACCAUCAAUGGCCACUCCUACUUCAACUUGGUCCUGAUCACUAACGUUGCGGGCGCAGGAGACAUCCACUCCGUGUCGAUCAAGGGGUCCAAGACCGGAUGGCAGACCCUGUCCCGGAACUGGGGCCAGAACUGGCAGAGCAACUCCUACCUCAACGGCCAGAGCCUCUCCUUCCAGGUGACCACCAGCGACGGCAGAACCGUGACCAGCUACAACGUCGCACCGGCUGGCUGGCAGUUCGGGCAGACAUUCGAAGGGGGUCAGUUCUAGGAUGCGGAAGCCCCGGUGCGGGGCAGCUCCGAUUCGCUUCACCCAGUGUCUCUUCGAUGAAUCCAUUCGGAGGCCCGCAUAUGACAGAGGCUAUUAGUCACCUCGGCAUAAAAUACGGGUCCAAGUAACGGAGCGGCCACAAAAACAAAUAUAAUGUAGGGUAGGAGAAGGAUUGAAUUAGUGUCUAGUGCUAUUGCUGAGGUGGCCCCGUGGGCACCCGCUAGGCAAUUAUAAAUAUAAACGCGAGUCUUUUAUUUACAUUGUAGAUUUUUUUAUAUAUAUAAGAUUGAAGGGUUUGUCUUGUGGGUCAUAGAAAUUCAAGAAGUGAGAUAUUCCAUUGGUCGCCUUUGAUUUUGAAAUAAUUUAAGGCCAUGAAAUGUUCUUUUUUA